AUGUGCGAAGAAGCUGCUCCUGGGGAGGUCUUGGGGGGCCAUGGCACGCCUGCUCCGCCCUUGGAAGAGUUGCUCAAGAAACCGCUUCCUCCACCACGGAUCCACAUUCGGCCCUGGUGGUUUCCCGUGGAGGAAUUGAGAAACCCCUUGGUGUUUUAUCUGGAGACCUGGGUGGCUGAUGCUAUCUUCGGCCCUGACCGAGCUCAGAUACCGCAAAUGGAGUGGCAAGGCCAGGUUCUUCUGACAGUGGACCUCACCAGCUCUGGAGACUUCGUCGAAAUUGCCAUCUUCGGACGGCCACGCAUGCAAAACCGGAUGAGAAAAGUGCUCGUGAGCCUGAUGUUGUGGCACAGGCAACAUCAGAACCGAGCUGAGAAGAUGCAACAACUUGAGGAUUCCUUGAAGGGACCUUUAUUAGAUCCUGAUGCAUAA